UGCCCGAAACGUCGAAUUUCCUAUUCCUUGGAUGCUGCCUAACCUGCUGUGCUUUAACCAGCAACACAUUUUCAACCCUGCCACAUCUGCUGAGUUUCUCCAGCAAUUUCUGCUUUUAUUUCUGAUUUUCAGCAUCCACGGUGCUGUCGGAUUUUUGUUUUGUCAGGUGUGAAGUGUGUUGGGUUUGUCCUGCAGCAGCGAAAGGUGCCAAGAGAAAUGUACUUCCCUGUAUAAAUUAUAAUCCUCUGUGACUUGUAGAACUUCCUCAACCCCAGUUAUUUGAAAGGGAAAGACUGAACAAGGCGCGCAUUUAUUUCUGACAGGUGUGGCCGACAGAGGAGGAAGGUGAUAUUUUGGAUUGGGAGAUUGUGAAGAAACAUUUGGGAUUUCCCUCCCCUCCCCCGGCCGCAUGAAUCAUGAAAGAAAUGAAAAGUUAUAAAUUGCAACUUCGCGUUGGAAAAUCUGCGGGCGGUUGCAUGGGGGCGCUCGAAGAAAAAGAAAAGAAAGUUUCGAAAAAGUCCUCACAACUUUCGAUUGCCAGGUUUCAGUGUCUAACUUCCCUCCCUGCGAUAGAACUGGUUUCGGUGCUGACUCCAGCCUUCCUGGGGAGUCAGACUUGGUGACAGUGAGUGUCCCAGGCACAAGGACAUCAGGAGUUAGAAUAGAGGGGGACGUCUAACAUUUGGAGUCUCUGCUGUCUGGUGCCUCUCAAUACCUUUCGCCACAGAAGGCAUGGUGGACUUUAUCCCACCUCAGAUGGACCCAGGACACAGGCCAACUUUCAGUCCAACAUGGGCAUCUCCAUUAUGGUUCACUAAUGACCUGGAGGGAAGGAAAUCUGCCGUCGCUACUUGACCUGACCAAUCCGUGACUCCAGAUCCACAACGAUGUGGUUGACUUCUGGGUCAUAAGGAGUGGGCAUAAAUGCUGGUCCUGCCAGUGACACCCAUAUCCCAUGAACAGGGGAGCCAGACUGGUGCCUGGGUUGUUUGAGUGUGGAUUGCUUUUGUGUUGGGGAGCAGUUUCCUUGUCAACUCUCACAGUCUCAGGAAUUGUUGGGGAAAGUGCUCUGCUGCCCUGUGUGGAUAGCACUAUAAAAAACCAUGCUCUUGAUGAGAUACGCGUGUACUGGCAGAUGGCUGACCAGUUAGUCCAUGCCUUUCACUCGGGGAAGGAACAUGUUUCCCAGGACUACAGCAAUAGAGCCAGACUUUUUACAAAGGAAUUCAAGCAAGGCAACUUCUCCCUUCUCCUGUCUGACCUCCGAGUGAGUGACGAAGCUGAAUACAUCUGCGUAAUUCAGAUGAAACAGAAGACGGGGUACGAUGUGGUUCUAUCUGUUUCAGUCAGUUUGCAAAUAGCAGCUCACUAUAUGGAGCCGGUGUUGAGUGCACAAUGUGAGCCGGGUCAUGAAGCUCUUGUGAAGCUACAUUGUUCCUCAUGGGGUGGCUAUCCAGAACCACUUGUAUACUGGACUGACGACAUCACGAACACCCUUCCUGAAAACAGUACAGUCAAGAAUGACAUUAUUUUUUCUCAUGGAGGACUGUACAACGUUACCUCCGUCCUCUGGAUCCAAGCUACAUCAUACUCGACAUAUACCUGCUCUAUAUACAAUCCCAAACUCCAGAAGAACAAAACUGCAACCUUGCAUUGGAAUAUUUCUGAAGGAGACCGUGAAGAGAUCAGUAUCAGUGACACGCACCACGGAUGGAUUACACCAGUGGUUUUAGUUACACUCAUCCUUGUGGUUUCACUGGCAUGUUACAUUUUGCUGAAACAUUUUCCCAGGUCGUCACUGAUGAGAGUUCGUGUGGCUGCAGGACAAUGUGAGUUAGCUUCCCUAAGUAUCGUCAAUCCUACAUUAGGCAGAAGAAGCCAUAUUCAGGAUGACCAAGAUGGUACCGAAACUGAACCAUUUACCAAAGACUUAGAAGACCAUAAAGGAGAGACUGAAACGUGAAUUACUCUGUUGGCACUGAAUGUAACUGUUGUAAUAUGUUCUUUAUACGUCUUUGGAUUAUUUGUAUAUGUCUCAUUUGGUUGCUUACGGUGAUCACAUUGUCAAUAGUGACUCGAAAAUGGUGAAAUAUGCUCUGAAGUCCACGCCUGUAAAUGAUACUUUGCUAUCAAUUGCGCAACACUUUCUUUUCCUUUUUCUCCUCUUCGAAGCUGAAAUGUUGGACAGGUUACUCAGGUAUUAUAUUGAAGUAUUUACAAUCAGUGGAACGACAGAGGAGCAGAAAGAUGCAGAAGGGGCAUGUACAGAAAUUGCUAAAAGUGGGCUGACACUUAUGAUCAUGAAUUAAAAAGCUGCUGGGACAAGCCUUUAGCUGAAGAGGGCUGAAAUACAGAUAAUUGAUGUUAUGUUGCUGACAUAGUUAGACACAAUUCUUUUCCUUAAUACUUUGUUAAGAUAUGGGCAUCGCUGACAAAGCCAGCAUUUGCUGCCGUUUCCAGGUACAUUGGAACUGAAUGGUUUGCUGGCCGAUUUGGAGGGAAAUAGAGUCAACCACAUUAUGGUGGAUCUGGAGUCACAUAUAGGUCAGACCAGCUAAGAGUGGCAAAUUCCCUUCUCCGAAGGUGAACUAAUGGGUUUCUAAAACAAUGGAUGAUGGCAUGAUUGGUGCACUAUUACAGCCUCAGUAAUGGGACACAUUAAACGUGUUCAACUUUGGGAAUGUGCCUCAGGAAACCGAUAUUACCUUUGGAGGGCUGCAGUGAGUAUUUACCAGGAUGACAUGAGGAGGGGAGAAGGGUUAAGCAUUGAAAUCAGAAGGCACAGAUUAAGCUUGUAGCUCUUUGAUCAAAAUGUGAUGUUCAGAAGAGGAAUAAAAUUAGUAGGACAGAAAGAAAGGUAAUUUCCUCUGAGGGAGGGUUGGGGGUUGGAGGGAGUGGAGUCCGGGACGAAGGGGCUUACUCUUAAAAAGUAGAUUCAGACUAUUCAAACUAAUCUGGAGAAAUACUUUGAUAUACAAAAACACGCUGGAAAUCUAGAACAUCUAAUGAUGCUGGAGAACAAAUUGAAAAAUUACGUUUUGAGAUGUAUUGUCUGAAAUAUUAAUUGAGAAUAUUAUUGACUGAACAUAUUUCGGAUUUAUUUUGUAAAGAACCCUUUGCAGGGCAAAGGAGGUAAGCUACAGCAGGGAGAAGUGUUGCCUUUAGAAAGGACACUACUUCUCAAUUGGAAUGUUUGAGUCUAAUAAUUUCAGAGAAAGUUCACACGAUUGAGUUGAUGGAUGAAAUAAAUGGAUAUGAACACAGACAAUCAGAGGGCUGUCUUCUCUGGAGCAACAGCCUUUGCUGUCUCUGUCUUCUUUGCAAUUUCGGAAACCUCUCAUUAUGAAGGUUGUGAGCUGAAAAACUGACUGGAAGGCCUCGCCGCUACAUGUAGGGAGUUCCUUCACAGAAAGAUCUUCAUUGCCAUAACACAAGUGUUCAUAAAGGAGAAUCUGGUGUGGGGCAGAAAGACUAAAUGAAUUACCGACACGCAGGUGCACUUCCAGCAUCAAAAAGGUUAUUGUUUUAAACUUAGCCAACAAAAACCUAUCAACCAUAAUUUUCAAACUGCUACACACAAGAUAGGAUGGAUGAAUGAUCCCUACCCCUAACUCAUACCUGUGCUGGUUGCAACAGGGUUUGAACUUUACUGGACUGGAGAGACCCUCUGGCAGCCCAGGAUCUUCUCCACUGAACAUAGAGAAAGUUACCAGUAUUUAUAGUUUUUACUUUUAGCCUGCCUUUAGCUGGUAAAAACCAAUCACACUAUUAAUUGAUUAAAUACACAUUAAUCAUGUGACUGCAUGAUUAAUCCACGACAGCUUUGGGUCAUCUCAUGACAUUCACCAGACCCUCUUAUCAUUUAUCCUUGGGCCUUCACAAUACAUCUUACUCAACCACAUUCCAGGCGUUAGCUCCCAUGGCAGUGACUCAAUACUCCCCUGCUAAUUGCAAGCGUGUCUCCAGUCUGCCUUAGAUUGAAUGUCUACGGGCAUGCAGUUAAAUUCCUUAAUGCCAUGUUUUAUAUAUAACUUGUAGCUACGAUUACUUGGGGGUCAGACCCUACCCUUCUAUCCAAUAAUCAGUACCAUACUUUUGUCCAGCCUGGUUUGGAGACGCCUCAGUAUUUCUCAAGGAUGUUCAUUUCAAACUGUCUGUAUACAUGCAGCAAUUGUAUUUUCACUUCUUAUUCAACAGGACUCUU